AUGACUGGGGAAGCGCCUAGGUCGAGUACAAUUAGUACUGUAAAUAAUGAUGUGAUAGAAUCAAAGCCGCAAGGAAGUUCAAUCACUGAGAAAUACAGAUACAAACGGAAAGAUCAAAGCUUCUUAAAAACACAUAAAAUUGGCACAUGGAAUAAAGAAUGGAGUAGCCCUGAUUGUAAACAAAAAACUCAUCAAUUCGAUAAUACAAAAAACGAUAGAAUGAUUUCUAUUCGUUUACAAGGAAGACCGACAAACUUAACAAUAAUACAAAUUUACGCACCAACUACAGAAGCAGAAGAAUCAAUUAUCGAAGAUUUCUACAUGGAAUUACAACAACUAUUAGACGAUGUUCCCAAGAAAGAUACAAUCCUGAUAAUCGGUGAUUGGAAUGCAAAAGUUGGCGAAAUAGAAGUUCCUGGAAUAGCUGGAAAAUUCGGGUUGGGCAAACGCAACGAAGCAGGCGACAGGCUGAUUGAAUUCUGUCAAGACAAUCAUAUGGUUAUUACAAACACAUGUUUUCAACAACCGAAACGACGACUAUAUACAUGGACAACACCAAAUGGACAACAUCGAAAUCAAAUUGAUUAUAUUCUCUGCAAUAGACGAUGGAAAAGCUCAAUAACAUCAAUCAAAACACGACCAGGAGCUGACUGCGGCACUGACCACGAACUCUUAUUAGCGUCUUUUCGAAUCAAGCUCAAACAUCAUCACAAAUCAACACAAACAACAAAACCCGAUCUACAAAACAUCCCGUACAAAUACAAGGUAGCAGUAAAAAACAGAUUCAACGCGCUCAAUCUGAUUGACAAAGAACCUGAAGAAUUAUGGCAAGAAAUACGCGACAUAAUCAACGACGAAACGAAAAGAAAUAUACCGACAAUACAAAAAAAGAAGAAAAACAACUGGAUAUCGUCAAGCACCUUGGAAAUCGCAAAGAAAAGGCGAGAAGUUAAAUCAAAUGGAAACAGACAAGCCUUCACAAAACUUAACGUCGAAUUUCAACGUGCUGCAAGAAAAGACAAAGAAAAACAAAUAAUGCAAGAAUGCGAAAAAGUAGAGGAAUACAACAGAAAAGAUCUCGACAAUUAUGAACCAGAACCAGAUAUUUUGGAAAACGAAGUGACAUUCGCAAUGGAAACACUAGCAAGUGGUAAAGCACCUGGACAUGAUGGCAUCCCAAUCGAAUGUUUUAAAACAAUUAAAGAAGAUACAGUGAAAGUAUUAACAAAAUUAUGCCAACAAAUAUGGAAAACAAACAAAUGGCCUGAAGAUUGGAAAACAUCGAUAUUCAUUCCCAUACCGAAGAAGGGAAAUGCCAAAGAUUGCUCAAAUUACCGAACAAUUGCUCUUAUCUCACACGCCAGCAAGAUAAUGUUGAAGAUUAUACAACGGCGAUUGG